AUGGAUGUGUUCGCUUGGAAAAUGCAUGACAUGGAGGGGAUUGACCUGGAGGUAUGCUCACAUCACCUAAGGAUAGAUCCCAAAUUCAAGCCGAUCCGACAGAAGAUGCGUAGAAUAGCACCCGAGCUACAAGCGGCGGUAGAGGUCGAGUUGAAGAAAUUACAAGUGUCUGGAAUCAUUCAUAAGGCCCAAUACCCGCAAUGGAUAUCUAACAUGGUGAUAGUCCCUAAAAGGAACAGAGGGGUCAGGAUCUGCAUCGACUUUAGCGAUUUGAAUAAGGCCUUCCCAAAGGACAGCUUUCCUCUCCCCAGCAUCGAUCAAUUAGUGGAAUCCAUAGUCGGAUACAAUGCGAUAAUGCUAAUGGACGGGUGCCACUUAUCAGAGACGUAUUUCCAGACUCACAAGAUUCGAGUUCUCACGAAGUCUUCUAUAGAAUCAGUACUUGAUAAUGCAGCAAGAUCGGGACGGAUCUCUAAAUGGAGUGCUCAAAUUAAGCAAUUUUAUAUCUUCUAUGAGAUGAGAACGGCAGUAAAGGCACAGGCGGUGGCUGACUUUCUGGCAGAUUUUCCCUUAGACGAUGAGAGUGAAAUCGAAGAUAUUCCGAGCAUGGAAGAAGACCGAGAAGAUCCAUCCGACCUCCUUGAAACAUGCAGCUCGACACGAUGGGAAGUAUUCGUAGAUGGGUCGUCCAAUAAAGACGGAUCGGGAUUAGGGAUAGUCUUCACUACACCAAAAGGGAAGAAGAUGGUUCAUUCGUUUAGGCUGGAGUUCAAGGCAACAAACAAUGUCACUGAGUACGAGGCCGUCAUACAUGCCUUACUGUUGAUCGUAGAAAUGGGGAUUCACGAUGUGAGAUUAACUAGUGAUUCUCAGUUAGUGAUUCGUCAAAUUAGUGGAGAGUACGCUAUUUACGAUCCAGUAUUACAGAAAUAUUGGGAGCUCGCCCAAUUUUACAUCAAUCAGAUUCCCAGCAUCAAGUUCCGAGACAUCUGUAGAAAAGAUAAUCGGCACUCGGACGCAUUAGCCUACAUCGCCUCAAUGUUAACAGACUCGACUAUUGAAGGAAUCCGAGUCAUGAGGAUCUUGAUGCCAUCCAUACCUGAAUCCAUAGACACUAAAGCAUACGUAGCCGUGACCACGACCGACAAGUAUGAAGCUGGCGAUUGGCGCAAACCCAUUCAUCAAUAUUUGGAGACGGGAGAACUACCAAAGGGACGACCCGAGAUCAACAAAAUCAAAAGCAAAGCAGCAGCAUACGAAUUACAAGACGACGUCUUAUAUAAAAAAUCUUACCUAGGACCGCUCCUAAGGUGUUUAAGCAAAGAGGAAGGACACUCAAUUUUGAAUGAGCUACAUUAUGGCGUCCCGGGAAAUCACAGCUCGGGCCGAAGUCUAGCAACCCGAUCUAAGACCAUGGGAUACUUCUGGCCAUACAUGAACGAGGAUGCGAAACAUAUGGCGUUAAUUUGCGACGAGUGCCAGAAGUUUGUCAAGAAGAUACACGCACCUGCAGUAACUCUAAACUCAGUGAUUAGACCUUGGCCCUUCGCCAAGUGGAGAAUCGAUAUCGUGGGACCACUGCAUGUCGGGUCGGGACAAAGAAAUUAUUUAAUCGUGGCUACUGAUUAUUUCACUAAAUGGGUGGAAGAUGCACCACUAAGGCAUAUUCAGGAUAAGGAUGUAUUUCGUUUCAUUUGGGAACACAUCAUCUGUCGUUUCAGCGUACCGACAUCAAUUGUAUUGGACAAUGGAAAACAACUACAAGGCAAGAAUAUCGACCUGCUGUUUAACGCCUACAACAUUCAAAAAAGCAAGGCGACGCCCCUUUAUCCGCAAUGUAAUGGGUAG